UCCCCCAAACCGCGUCGGGGGAGAGGCUUCAGGGCCGCACGCUGACUAUAAAUGAGUGACAAGUGACACACAACAUAAACACCUCCAGAUGUCCAAGUCUACACAAAGUCUCUGAAGGCUCUGAGAUGCUUCUUUCUGUUCUUCUUGCACUGGGCAUCUGCCUGAUGUCCAGUCACGCCAAACCAACAGGUGUCAGUCUGGUCAGUCCUUUCCUUCAAACCUGUUUCGAGGAGGCAAAGAAAAUUGUAGAUGAUGCAUACAAAUACUCCAGAGAAGAGAGUCUACGUCGGGUCCGCAGGGAAUCGGUGAGUCCUCAUGAUGUGCUUCGCCUCAUGAAGCAGCCUCGUGCAGGCACGCGCUCGGCUGUGAGGUCUGCAGACUACAUGAUCCAAACCCUCCGUCUGCUGCAGAGCAAGGUGCAUCAUGUGCACAAACGCUCACUCAAUGCAACAGAUUUGCUGAGUGCAGAGGAUCUGAAGAAGCUUUCUGAGAUAACUGGAUGUGCAGCUCGCGUUAGAGACCCACAGUGCCUCACCAUACCAAACCUUAACACCUAUCGCACCAUCACCAGCCUUUGCAACAACCUAAAAAAGCCUCGUCUCGGAGCCUCUAACACCCCUUUUGCUCGCUGGCUGCCUGCAGAAUAUCAAGAUGGCAUCUCAAAACCAAAAGGCUUUAACAAAACCAAAGUCAACAACUUUGUGCUUCCACUGGUCCGACAGGUGUCCAACAACAUCCUGAACACAUCGGAUGCAGGUGUGGUCAGCGACAGAGAUUACAGUCACAUAGUGACCUUGUUCGGUCAAUGGAAUGACCACGACCUGACCUUCACGCCCUUCUCUCCCAGCCUCCGCUCCUUCAGUAACGGGAUCAACUGCGAUGUGAGCUGUGAAAACGUUGAGCCAUGCAUCCCCAUCCCGAUCCCUCCAGGUGACCCCCGCCUGCCCUCCAGACCAGACAGCUGCAUCCCCGCAUUUAGAUCGGCACCUGCUUGUGGCACAGGAUAUUCGGCCUACAAUUUUGGCGGUGAACCUAACAGGAGAGAGCAGAUCAAUGCUCUCACAGCCUUCCUGGAUCUCAGUCAGGUGUAUGGCUCUGAGGACAGUCUUGCCCUCAAACUCCGUGACCUCACCAACGAUGGUGGACUGAUGCGUGUAAAUGAUCAGUUCACAGACAAUGGCCGUGCACUGCUGCCAUUCACUGACGUCAAGGCAAACAUGUGCGCCACACGUAAAAAUGUCACCAAUGACACCAACGCCAGGGAAGUGCCUUGCUUCAUUGCAGGUGAUAUACGUGUGGAUGAGAACAUCGCUCUGACAUCCCUCCACACACUCUUUGUGCGUGAGCAUAACCGUUUAGCACGCAACCUGAAGAGAAUAAACCGACAAUGGGACAGUGAAAAGCUCUACCAGGAAACCCGCAAGAUCAUGGGUGCUUACACACAGGUGUUUGUGUUCAGGGACUAUCUGCCGCAUAUUGUGGGUAAUGAUGCAAUGCAGCGACUGCUCGGGCGCUACCCAGGCUAUAAUCCCAACGUGGACCCCAGCAUUUCCAAUGUAUUUGCAACAGCAGCCUACCGCUUCGCCCACUUGGCCAUCCAACCGGUCUUAUCCCGUCUGAAUGUAAACUAUAGAGAGCAUGCUCAGUUCCCCAGUGUGCCCUUGUUCACAGCCUUCUUUGCCCCCUGGAGAAUCGUUUUUGAGGGUGGUAUUGACCCUCUGCUCCGCGGCUUGAUUGGACGUCCAGCUAAACUGAACACUCAGGAUCACAUGAUGGUGAACGCUCUGAGAGAGAAGCUCUUCCAGUUCGUGAUGCACAUUGCUUUGGACUUGGGGUCACUAAACAUGGAGAGAGGACGUGACCAUGGCUUGCCUGGUUACAAUGCCUGGCGCAAGUUCUGUGGCCUCUCCGAACCCAAAAAUCAGACACAGCUGGCUCAGGUUCUGAAUAACGCAGAGCUGGCCCGUAGGCUGUUGGAGCUCUAUAGAACACCCGACAACAUCGAUGUGUGGUUGGGCGGUGUAGCAGAGCCGUUUGUCCAAGGAGGCCGUGUGGGACCACUGUUUGCCUGCCUGAUUGCAACCCAGUUCCAGAGGAUCCGCCAAGGUGACAGGUUGUGGCAUGAGAAGCCGGGCGUGUUCACACCUGCACAGAGGAGAGCUCUGGCCUCUGCCUCCCUGUCCAGGAUCAUCUGCGACAACACGGGAAUCAAUUCUGUAACCCGUGAUGUUUUCAGAGUUAUCGCAAACAAUAACCGGCUCGUCCCCUGCUCCAGCAUCCAACCUUUAAACCUAGCAGCCUGGAGGGAGACAAGCUGUUCAGGCUGGCUCUGUUACAAGAACUUUAGCAGACAGGUCAGUUUCCAAGUUCUCACAGGUUGUUGUGGUGAAAUAUUAGGAUCAAACCACAUUUUCUGAUUUGCGCACUCGUAUCAUGCAUAC